GCCGCUGUUACAGCUGAUCUGCCGGUGGUCAAGCGAGGCAUGCAUUGAGUGGACAAGGUGGGAAGUUCGUUGAUUUUUGGCUUUAAGGAUGUCAGACAAUGUGGUAGAUCCAGUGGAGGCUAUGUUGCAGCGUACGGGUUGCAUUGAACUUCAUUAUAAAGUGCAGGAAUGCAUUGCCGAAACGCAAGACUGGCGAAAGUGUCAAGAUCAGGUUAAAGACUUCAAGAAGUGUAUGGAAACUUACACAGAGCAGCAACGAGCAAAAUAUAAUAAAAGUAAUUGACAUGUUUCAACUGUGGAGGCGAAUAUUUUCAUCAGUCACAUCGGAUCCUCUCAAAAUGGUCCUUGUCGUUCGUGGGGAUUUGAAAAUGGGUAAGGGAAAAACGGCUGCACAAUGUGCCCAUGCAUCAAUUCUUUGUUACGAAAAAUGUCUACAUAAAAAUCCUAAACUAUUACAAAUUUGGACUGACACGGGGCAACCAAAAG